CUCGUUUGCCUUGACGCGCAGUGGUUCGGCCGAGGCGGUUCUGACAAGGCUGCGGGCUGUGAGCUAAAACUUCCCCGCCAUGACACCGCGACGGUUCUGAGGCGGGCCCGCUUUCACGCUCGGCCGGUUCCUGCGCUCAUCCGACGCACAGACGCCUUGCGUGGAUGCCGGAGAGGCCACAAUGAGCACGGGGGACGCCGACGAGCCGCGGGACAGGCCCGACGGCGGCGACAAAGAGCCCGACAUGGACCGCUCCGACCACGACGGAGACGUCGCCCGGAGCUGCUCUCCGUGCCCACCCGGGACGAGUACGACCUCACCACGGUCGGAGGACCCGGCCGCCGGGCCUCACACAGAAGGCAGCGGCGGCGGGGGCUCAGACACCGGCCGGACGAAGAGUCUGUUCUCCUGGCUUCAGAACAGGUCUAUCAGGCGGGGCGUGUUUGUGGACCCGGUCAGGGACAACUUCAAGACAAUGACUAGCUUGUACUGCUCCAUGAACCCGGCUGCGGACUCGGUCAACCUGAGCACCAAGACCCACGGAGCUGUGUUCAACCUGGAGUACUCCCCAGACGGGUCGGUGCUGACGGUGGCCUGCGAGCAGACCGAGGUGCUGCUGUUUGAUCCCGUCUCCUCCAGACACAUCAAAACCUUAACGGAGGCCCACGAGGACUGCGUCAACAACAUAAGGUUCCUGGACAACCGUCUGUUUGCCACCUGCUCCGACGACACCACCAUCGCCUUGUGGGACCUAAGGAAGCUCAACUCCAAGGUGUGCUCGCUCCACGGCCACGCCAGCUGGGUGAAGAACAUCGAGUACGACACCAACACGCGUCUCCUCGUCACCUCCGGCUUUGACGGCAACGUCAUCACGUGGGAUACUAACAGAUACACCGAGGACGGCUGCCCCCACAAGAAGUUCUUCCACACCAGAUACCUGAUGAGGAUGCGUCUGACGCCAGACUGCACCAAGAUGCUGAUCUCCACAUCUUCUGGCUACCUGCUCAUCCUCCACGACCUGGACCUCACCCAGAGUCUGGAGGUGGGCAGCUACCGUAUGCUGCGAGCCAGGCGCACCCCCCUCACUUCAGAUGGAGGUGCAUUAGCGUCCAGGGCAGCUGGACCUCGCCAGGGAAAUGACUCCAGUAAGCUCCACCCCCACAGAGAAGGCAUUUCUCCCAGGAACAGCCUGGAGGUCCUGACUCCGGAGAUACCCGGGGAGCGGGACAGAGGCAACUGCAUCACGUCCCUACAGCUCCAUCCCAAAGGCUGGGCCACCCUCAUCCGAUGCUCCAGCAACAUGGACGACCAGGAGUGGACGUGCGUGUACGAGUUCCAGGAGGGGGCACCCACCCGCCCGCUGGUGUCCCCCCGCUGCUCCCUGCGUCUCACCCACUACAUCGAGGAAGCCAACGUGGGGCGGGGCUACAUCAAGGAGCUCUGCUUCAGUCCCGACGGCCGCCUCAUCUGCUCGCCGUACGGCUACGGCGUCCGCCUGCUGGCCUUCGACGAGCGCUGCGGCGAGCUGGCCGACUGCCUGCCCGUGCAGACCAGCUGCCUGCGGGAGGUGCGCUCCAUCUACUCCCACAGCGACGUGGUCCUCACCACCAAGUUCUCGCCCACGCACUGCCAGCUGGCGUCGGGCUGCCUCAGCGGCCGGGUGGCGCUCUACCAGCCCAAGUUCUAGGGGCGGGGCAAAAGAAUCACGCAGCUGAUUGGCUCAUCUAUGCACAUAUCCAUGUGUACACACCCCCUCCUGCGGGGACGGCAUUUGUUUUAAAGUGCUCUGGCAGCGCCAUGAGGGACAUUGAAUUCAAGGGUCCCCGAGGACGUGACCGGGGGGGCCUAAAGCCUGUGGAUGCCCCCCCGUUGGUUGCUGCGUCACUUUCACUCUGAAGAUGAACAGUAACGUUCUCCCGUUUGGGCCAACCCCUCAUUUGGACCCCCCCCAGAUCAAGUCAUUUCACCGCCAUAUUAGCGCAUGAUGCAUUCACUUGUCGCACGGGGGUGGCGCGGACCUCGUUCAGGCCGCUUCUAGCGGCGGUUAACCAAUACAGUGACAUGGAAAUGGGUGGCGUUCAGUGACAAUUGGAAAAUUUUUAAUCAAUACGACACUCCCAUUUGAUGCAAAAUCCGCAAAACCGCACACGCGUGUCAAGUACAUGUUGCACGGUCGCUUGUUGACGGUGCUUUUCCAAGAUUCCCUCAAAUGGUGCAAAAAGAUGCAUUUGAACUAUGCAUACCGUCCUUAGUAAUCAUACCCUUGUUUGUUAUUAUUCAGCAAACUCUAUUGCAGUUCAUAUGAAUAUAGUUAUGAUAUUUCCUGAAGGCCACCCCUGAAAGGCAAGUGAGGCAAAACGUGUUUAUUUUAUAAUAGUUACAUAUUUGUAUCUUCUGCUGGAGCGUUAGUAUGAUGCUAAUGAUGAUGAUGAUGUUGUUGUAGUUCCCAAUGUAGCCACAGGAGGCUUCACACUGAAAGAAGUCUUAUCCUGAUUAAAUUCUCUGGGAGAAUUGAAUGUUUUCCCCCACUGGCCUUCCAGGGCUUUCCUUCUAAGUUGAUGUGGCCUAAAUAUUAAUAAUAAUAAUAACAGUCAUUGCAUCACCGUUAAGUUUUGGAAUUGUAGUUGAACUAAACAUAAUUGAACCGAAAUCAGUUGUUUAUUAUGGACAAAGUUGCGGAUAUGAAGCUUAACUGCCUUUUUUGUUAUGCUUUUGUCUCAUAGAGAAGUGUCUUAAUAUUUUCACUUGGCGUUUAACUACCAACCUGUUUUCUUUUUUUUUUUUUUUUUUU